UUGAACUUGAACCGCCCCGUGUCAACGAGAGGUCGACUGUCGUGGUACGCGACGACGACGACGACGACGACGACGAUUACGGUGGCGACGAAGACGAUGAAGAGAGCGGGGCGUUUCCUCUCAAUGGGUCGAAACUUUCUCGUGGCGGGCCACCUACACAUUAUUCCUCGAAACUCUCGAAUGGUCGAUGUAAUCGAGAGAAGCCACCUUGCAAGUAUUUCCAUCCCCCGCAGCAUCUGAAGGACCAACUCCUCAUAAACGGGCGCAACCAUCUAGCGUUGAAAAACGCGCUGAUGCAGCAGAUCCAGCAAGGCCUCACGCCGGGUCAACCCCUCGUGCCUGGCCAGGUACCCACAGUGGAGGCACCAGCACCUCCGGCACCACACCAUCACCUUCAACAGCAAAUCCAGCAGCAACUUCUCGCUACCCACGCCUUUAUGGCGACGAAUCCGUACCUGACCGGUAUGCCGCAGGUUGGCAACACGUACAGCCCGUACUUCGCGCCCAGCCCGAUAAUGCCGGCGAUAAUGGGUCCGGCGGACCCAACGGGCGUCGGCAGUCCGCUGGGUGUGGUACCGCAGACGGUGGCGAUGCCGCAGAAGAUGCCGCGUACCGAUCGCCUCGAGGUAUGUCGCGAGUUUCAACGCGGGGCGUGCAAACGCGGCGAGACGGAGUGCCGGUUUGCGCACCCCCUCGAGACGGUGCAGGCGAACGAGGACGGCUCUGUGACGGUCUGCAUGGACGCUGUCAAGGGCCGAUGCAAUCGGGACCCCUGCCGCUAUUUCCACCCCCCUCUGCACCUUCAAGCCCACAUUAAGGCCGCACAAUCUCGGGCUAGCAUUGCGACGGCGACGAUGCCGACGAAUGUGGCGGGAAUGGGUGCGUUGGCUGGCGGAAUGUCAGGAGUGCCGGCAACUGCGAUGCCCGGAGGACUGCAGAGCGCCAGUAUGGCGAGCAUCGAGCUCGGCAAGAAGCGGAUGCGCGACUCCAAUGAUGAUCUGCUAAUGAUGGACAUGAAGUCUGUCGGGUCGUUCUACUACGAGAACUUUGCCUUCCCAGGGAUGGUUCCGUAUAAACGACCGGCGGCCGACAAGUCCGGCGUGCCGGUCUAUCAGCCUACCGGCGCGACGACCUAUCAGCAGUUAAUGCAGCUACAGCAGCCCUUCGUGCCUGUGUCAUGUGAGUACACUGGAACAUCACCCCUACCCACCCAAACCUCUAACCAAUCGGUCGUGCAACCCCCGAACGUGCAAAGCAACCACCACGCGAUGGUGGUGCAAUCCUCCUCCUCCUCCUCCUCCCAGGGAGCCGCUGGCGCCACAGUCAAUAACUGCGCCGACGCCAACAAUGGCGUGCUGAUGGAUCCCUGCAACAAUCCGCCGCCGCCGCCUCCGACCGCUGACAAUAACAGUAACAAUAGUAACGGCAGUAACAAGCAAUCGGUAACUGCGCAGAAUCACGAUGUCGAAAACGCGCGUAACUCUCCCGAAUUGAAUCACUCGAGUCCGUCGUCGCUGCAGCAACAGCAGCAGGUACAGCAACAUCAGCAGCAACAACAGCUCAAUCAGCUGGCUCUACCACCAGCGAUGAGUCCGUUGACCUCGAUGGCAGGUCUGACCUCUAUGUCCGGCGUGGUGAACAUGGCCUCGAUGGCCUCGAUGGCCUCGAUGGCGAACAUGCCGUCGGUAACGAACAUGAGUUCCGUGAGCAAUUAUAACGCCGCCUCCAAUAUGGCGAGUCUAAACAUGCUCAACAGUCUCGGGAUGGCAGCAUCCGGCUUACCGACCCACUUCGAUCCCGCGACCCUCGCCAAAGAGGUCGCCCAGAAGAAUUACGCCAAGGCGAUUAAGCUUUCGCAAGUCUCCCAGUCUUACGGCAUCAGUCCGCUUGCCGCGAUCAAUUACACCGGCGUCGCUCUGAACAAGCAGAACCUCGUGAAUCCCGCUACCGCGGCGGCCGCCGGGAAUUCCGCGAUGGCCGCCGCCGCCGCCGCUGCUGGUCUGCAGGCCACCGCGGCGACUCCCAGACCCGUCAUCCCGAGUCUGGCCGGUAUCCCGAGCGCUCUGACCUCACCGCUGUCGGCCGGUAUCCUAGCGUACUCGAGACCGCCGCCCACGGCCGCCCCGAUUAAUCCAUAUUCCCUGAUCAGGCAGCAGAUUCUACCGAAUCCCUAUGUCCAGGCGUCGAUGCCCGGUGCCGCGACCAUGCAGACCAAUCCCUACGUCCAGAAUCCGUACGCCGUUCUACCCGGGAUGGCCGGUGUACCCGGGGUACCGGCCAACGUCGCGGCCGCAGCCGCGGCCGCCGGUGUACCGACUGUUCAUCAGCAGAUACCGCAGAUAGGGAACCCGGCGACGAUAGCGGCGCAGCCGCAGGUAGCGAUUCCGGUUAGCUCCGGCGUUAUUAUGCAGCCGUAUAAGAAGAUGAAGACGUCGUAAAGAUUCGGGAUCGCCGGCUCGGGAGGACUCUCCUCUCGCGAGAAAGUACUGUUCCUUUUUUCCUCUCUAGGCACCUCCCGGUUCUCUCCCUCGCGUGAACGAGCGUGAUCGAUUCCGCGAUUUUAGUCACUACGGAUAUAUAUAUAUAUAUAAUUGCCGUUUUCGCGGUAACGCGAUAUAUAUUUUUAGAUAAUUCUAGAAUUAAAGAGAUCUUUACGAUUAGCAAAAGUUUACGCGAUGUAUCGUAAUAAUGAUUGCGUUACAGUAAGUAGAGUCUUUUUGCGGUCGUAUCUUGUAGGAUAAUCUUGGUCAGUAUCAGAUACGAUACUGACUGCAUCUAGAUAUAAUUACUGUUACAUAAGCGGAAAGUUUGCUUUGCAAAAAAAAAAUUAAUAAAAUUUACGGUUCAUCGAGAAUUAUUAUUUGAUACUUUUGUUUGCGAAACCAGAUGUGGGAAUUAGUCCUAGAAUGUUAUAGCUUUUGCUAAUAAACUGCAUGGCGGAGUUUCAAUAAACUCCCCUUUCAUUUAUUGUUGUUCGAUUUUUCUAAUAUUUUUUUUCCUUGAUAGAGAUAAAUUUACGUAUCUUAUUUAUAUAUUUUUGUGUAAUCUUACAAGAAUAUCGAUUUGCAAUCUAUUAGCUUUAAUUUAUUCAAAAAAGUCGCAUAUUUUUGACUGUAUCGAUAGUGCAACGAGAAAUGUAGUAAGACAAAGAAGUGCAGUUCUAAGAUUAAUCUCCAUCAUCGGUGCUCGAGAAGCGACGAGAAAAAUCGGUCAAUUGUUCGCGAGAGGGACAGAAUUAUAUUUAGCUGAGCGAUUGCAAAGCGAGAGAGGUAAAAUGCCGAUAUAUAUAAAGAAACAAGUUCCGAAAAUAGAUUCAUUUUCUAGUCAGACAUUGUCGGUAAACAGUGCCUUAUCGGCCCGAUUCCAUUUGGAGCGUUUCGAGCGUACAACCAUAUAAAAAGAGAACGGUGAACAGCGCGAGGAAGUGCGACAUUUUUUCCCGCCGCAUUAAUUACUUGCCCAAAUGUUUAAGAGAGACGUGACUAAUACCGUUCCGAUUUUGUUACUGUCGAAGUGAAUCUGAAACGACUUGCCGAUCAAGACCGCGUUCGAAAGAAAGGGCGGGAGAGACAUCGAGCGUGGCCGAAAGAAUUACAGAUUAAAUGAAUCGCCUAUAAUAUAUACAUAUUAUAUUUGCUUUUUUCCUAGAAUAACGGCGAUAAUUUUGCAGAAAUAUAUUUGUAGAGAUAGUAGUUCAGUUUUACUGUUAAUUAGCACUAUUUUAUCGCAGAGAACGUUGUUAAAAGUGUUAUGUGUCGUUACGCGUGACUCUGUUUUGUUUUUCUUUUUUUUUUUUUUUUAAUAAGAAAAAUUGUAAAUAAGUCAAUAUAUAUUCGCGUCGUGUAAAAAAAAUCGGCGCCGCAAUAUUUUUUAUUUCGGAACUACAUAUAAAUUUCUAUGUUAUAGUCAUUCGUCCAAAUUUUAACAUGUAACGUCCGCUACAAGGAAGAUGAAAAACAACGCUCGGCCUAUGUCACGUUAUGUGCGAUACUUGCCUUUAAGUAGCGUAAUGUUAAUUAGCGAUCGGAUUCUUCAAAUUAUUAUUAUUAUACGAAGUUAGAUUAUUUUAUUAGAUUUUGGUU